AUGGCGUCGAUUGGAGCCAAGGGGCCAAGCCACUCCAAAAGGACCCCAAUAGUGACACAACGGAUGCAGCAAUUCAAACAGCGUUCCCAUGGUGAUGUAUCAACACAGAAGCUGCACCGUUGUGAGGCCAAGGGCUGUGAUAAGGCCUUCACAAGUCUGCCCGGACUUAAGUAUCACAUGAACACUAGCCAUAGUGAGACACACCAACAGUUCCAUUGUCAUAUGUGUCAUAACUCAUUCAAAAGUGCUAAUGGUCUGAAGUACCACACAGAGAAUAAGAAGGCAAAGUGCCAUGAAGAGGGUGGGACACAAAAGUCAUGCUUCUGUUGUCCAGAAGUCGAGGCAGACACCACCACUGGUCAGCAGUCUGGGGUCUCAGAUAGUGAAGGUGACCACAUCAACAUUGAGGAGAUUGUUAGUGACAGGAAUUUUUCGUGCUGCUCAGAACUCAAAGAUAAAUUUAUGGGUGCAAAUGAGGGCAUACAGAAGGAAACUAAAGAAUUCGAAAAGAAGGUGCCCCCUCCUCUUCAACUUUUGGAGGAGGACGUUAGCAUCAAGGAUUCAGAUAACAUGCAGCAGCUGGGGUGUGGGGAGGCUUGUAAACUCUAUAAGGGGCCAAGAACAGACUCUCGGGCCUCAAGGGACAACGUUCCAACAGAGGUCGGAGCUGGUGCGGCGGACAUGCUGAAAGAGUUUGCCAUCAUCGCCACCAGCCCACAGAGUCCACUGAUGCAGACUGGUCAGCCCUUCUGCUGGGACAAACAUGUACAAGCUGAAAAAUCUAAAUCCAUGGGCAUGGAGGAUCAAAAGUUGGGAGAGGGCAAGUUGGCAGGUUACCAUGGGAACAGUGACUACUCCGAUAGAAACCUAACCAAUGAGACAGUCUCUCAACAGGAGAAAGGCAGCUAUUAUUAUAGUGAUCACAGUGAGGAUGGCAGUGACCCUCGAGUGACUUCCUCCUCACCCUUCCCAGCAUCCAACUCUAUUGACGGGGACUGGUCCCAUAAAUGGCCGACAGCUGUCUGGCAGUGUUUUGUUAAAGGAACUAUAGUGCACUUUAUAGAUGGUAAUGGAGACUGGAAAAGUGUGGAGGAGCUAGCAAGGCAUAAAGAACUGUCACAACAGGCCUGUAGACAGGGCAAAUGUCCAAGCUUUGCUCCCAAUGGCCUCUUAUUGAAGGAUAUACAGUGUAGACAACCAGAGACGACCAAUCUUCUCUUCUCUGCUGAGGUCAAAGGUCAAUCAGAUGUGCUUGUCCAGUGUAAGACUGACCACCCUUUCUUUGUUAAAGACAAAGGAUGGGCGUCUCUUAAUGACACAAUGACAGCAGAACACUAUGGUAUCCCUUGUAAUCAGUUGGAAAUAGGGGACCUAUGUCUUCCUCCGUCCCAUCCUGAUGCAGCUUUUGGUACAUUCCAAAGUGACACAACUAGUCCAAGCUACACAUCUGCCGUAUUCACACUCAGUAACAUGGCUCAGCAGAGGAAUCAGAGGGAACUGGAAGUAAGCCCAAAACUGACCACUGGGCAAGCAACUAGGAAGCGACCGAUCAAAACAGAAUCCUUGAAGGCCAAGAGACCAAUGAACGGUUUCAUGUUGUUUGCUAAAGAGCAUCGCCUGGAGUAUACCCAAAUGUUUCCAGGGAAGGACAAUAGGUCCAUCAGCAUCCUUCUUGGUGAUAGAUGGAAAGAAAUGAACAUGGCGGACAGGAACGCCUACUCUGAGAAAGCUAAAGUACUUGCUGAACAACAGAAGAAGAUGCAUCCUGACUGCUGGAAACGCAAAAAAUGAAAAUUUUGGUAUUAUAAAAGACAUGAAGACAGCUUGACAUCAGAUCUCAUUUACAUGUAUCACUGCCAACUUCUUGGGUUUUGCCUGUGCAGCAAUCUUUAGGGCACCCAAGGAGGACUUAUUAGCAUUUUACUAGUUCAACAACUUUUUAAGUGUCUAUUUUGUUAAUUUUGCUCCACAAAGAAGCAACACUUUAUUUAGUCACCACAAAUCUGAAAAUGUAAGUAUAUUUUUUUUACUUAUGAAUUCCAUGAGACAUAGCAAUCAUCUCUUGUGUGUAUAAUUACAGGUUUUCUAAGGAAGCACAGAAAUAUACUGAGUUUGA